UGUCACCCUUUGCCCAACAAGUGAGCACAGCUCAAAAUAGUUUGAAGCAAUGCUUGUCGGGAAUUGUAGUUUAGUUCUCCAUCAGUUUCCUAAGCUGUAAACCAGUCAAGCUAGCUGGCGGCUGAUGAAGCAGCAGAUCGGAAUCGGGGCCAGAUAAUAAUUGUUGCCAGUUAGCAAUUCUACUCUGGAUUCUGCUUGUUGGAGGACUUAAGGACAAGGACGCUACUUUACACCUGGUCCCUGAUAACAACUCUCGGCAUUUCUUCAGCUACAGGCCUGUGCCUGUGAGACGCAGGAGGUCUUCAAGAUGGAGGUCUUAAGCGCAUCUUUUUGGGAAAGACAUUACUGAAAGGAACUACACAACGCAAUGUUAAUUUGUUUUCUCAAAGCAUCAGUCAUCGGCUGCAGUUUGUCUACUCAAGUGUUAAACUUUUUCUAUGGCAUGUGGCAUGAACUAUGCAGAUGACACACAUGAAUAGCACUCUGAAAAUAACCAGACUUCAGAUAAAUCUGUGACCCAACUGGUGCUCGGGUUUGCAGGAGCAUGAAGCAUAAUGAGACAUGUACACCAGACCCAUCUCUUACCUACGUGACCUGCCUCGUGCAUCUUUUUGUGGAGUGGCUGGAACUGGAUAAUCUGGAAGACUACCUGAACUAUGUAGCUUACCUCCUAUGGGUCUUCACUCCACUCAUCAUAGUGUUCAUUCUACCUGUAUUCAUUGUCCUAUUUCUCUACCUAUCCAUCCUCUUUCUCCAUGUGUACAAGCACAAGAAUGAGCUGAAAGAGGCCUACUCAAAUAGUAUAUGGGAUGGUGCACGGAAAACCCUGGCAACACUGUGGGAUGGGCAUGCUUCAAUAUGGCAUGGUUAUGAACUGUACGGCUUGGAUAGUAUUCCAGCUGAAGGACCUGCCCUUAUUGUGUACUAUCAUGGAGCACUCCCUGUAGACUAUUAUUACUUUGUAGCAAAGGUCAUUCUCCGCAAAGGGAGAACAUGCCAUUCAGUAGGGGACCACUUCCUUUUCAAAAUACCAGGCUUCAAACCAUUGCUUGAUUUAUUUGGUGUUAUCCAUGGACCAAAGGAAGAAUGUGUGAAGGCUCUCACUAAUGGUCACCUAUUGGCCGUAUCGCCGGGUGGGGUGCGGGAAGCACUUUUUAGCGACGAAAGCUAUACUCUUGUUUGGGGAAAGCGGACUGGAUUUGCUCAGGUUGCCAUUGAUGCAAAGGUGCCCAUCAUCCCAAUGUUUACACAAAAUGUGCGGGAAGGCUUUCGCUCGCUUGGAGGUUUACGGCUAUUCAGGUGGAUUUAUGAAAGAUUUAAGAUUCCAUUAGUUCCAAUAUAUGGAGGAUUUCCAGUUAAAUUUCGUACAUACCUUGGGGACCCCAUACCGUAUGACCCAAAUAUAACUGCUGUUGAGUUAGCAGAAAAGGAUAUGAUGUCACUGACAGAAUAAUGUUGAGGAUGUAGCUUUAUCUUAUUAAUUCACCAGUCACAACCUGACGAAAUAGACUUUGGCAAAAAGGGCAACGAAUAGAAACAAAAAUGAGUUUACAAUUUUCGGACAGUGUGUGGAUUGUCCGGGCAAUUUUUCUGCCAUGGCAAUCGGUCAUUUAGUCGAUCGGACAGGUUAGAAGAUUUCUGUCGGCUAGCGAUGACAUCUCUGCAUGUAUUGCCUAUCUGGUGUUAUCAAUGGAUGACUGUUACUACUAUUUGUCAGACAUAUCUUUCAUACGAUUGCUGUGUGUGAAUUAAUGGCCAGAACAUCCUCUGAUUUGGUCUUUUACUACUGUAUUUAAUCUGAAAGGUUAGUGACAGGCUCAUACGAUGAGGCUAAAGACAAAAUCUGCAUGUCUAUGGCCAUCUUAAGCAUCAAGGCAUGCACAAACUGCUUUUUUUGUUGAUUUUCACAACAUUAUAUUACAUCCUGCGAGAACUAAAAUUUUAAGCAUUCUCCCCCCCCCCCCUCCAGUGAUUGGUGCAGUUUUAAGCAAAGAGGAGUUUUGGCCAGUGGGAUCAUUUAAGUGAUUAUAAUCACUGGGGGUGCCUAAGAUUAGGCACCCCUCAGUGAUUAUACAUGACAGUCUUAUGUCUCCUUUAAAUAA